CUAAUAUUUUAAAUAAUCCUUUACCGGAAAAUAAUCCAGUUGAUAAAGGAAAAAAAUUAGAAAAAAAUACUCAGAUAUUUAAUGAAUCAACCCAUUUGAAAACAACAAUUCAUAUAUCCGUUCACUCAUCCGUUCACGACAGUACCUCCGAAACAAUUCCUGUUUGCAAUAUUGAAUAUCCUGAAUUGGCUCUAAUAAGGUUUAUGUCAAAAGGAGGUUUUGGUGAAGUUCAUAAAGGACUAUAUAAGAAUAAAUUUGUAGCAGCGAAAUUUGUUAUUCGUGAAACUCCUACACAAUUAAGAGAUUUCGACCGCGAGAAACCAGAAAUAGGGAUGCCAUUAGAUUAUAUCAGAAUAUAUGAAAGCUGUUGGGUUCUAGACCCUUCAAUUAGACCUGAAAUUCCUAAACUCAUGAAUGAUUUAAAUAAUCUUAAACCAGAACCAAAAGCCGACAAACAUUAUAUAUGGAGAAAAAAUACUUAUAGCACCUUACCAAUAUGGAGAAAAAAUACAUAUAACACCUUACCAAUAGAAGUACCAUAUAAUCAAAAUUUACCCAUAAUUGUUGUAGAAGAUUAUACUAACAAAUUACAUAAUGGAAGCCUCACGAAUAAUAUGGAAAUAUGUAAAUAUACAACAGCAGAUUUAAAACAAACUAUCACUAUAGAAACAUUUAAACCAUUAUUCGAAAGUGUUUUACAACUUGAAAAAGAUUGGAUGCCGUUUUGUAAUGUGCAACUUAAUAUAAAAAUUUUUGAAGUAUUAGGUGAAUGCAUCAUGGAUACAAAAUAUAAUGUUGAAAAACUUAAAAUGCGAAAGAGCAAUAUUGCUUCAUUUGCAACAUUAGAGAAUCAUAUAUACUUUCAAAGGCUUUUACAAAAUAUCACCGAUAUCAAAGAUUUUAUUUAUAAAUAUGACGAAUUAUUAAAAGAAUUUAAUAAUUCCAUGUCAUCUCUUGGAUUCAAAUCUCAAAUAAAUGAACAAACUGAUGAAAUACUUAAAGAUAUUAAAGAGACAGAGAAGUUUAUUCGAGCAUUCGGAUGUAAUUUUAAGGACAACAACAGCAUGUUUAACAUUAUUGACCGUAUAAGAGCCGAAAUUAAGGAUGCUGCUACUAAUGAUAGUCUAUUUGCUGACCUACCGAUAGGAUCUUUAAAUGAAUCCAAAAAUGGAGAUAACGCUACCAGAGUCGAAAGAUACUGCUACUCAUCUGAUUGUCAUGAAAACAACAUGUUGCGUAUUCAAAUAACGAUUUUAAAAAAUUUAGGAGGUCUAGUAAACAUAGCAAAAUUUUACAGAAUCGUGAAAGAUGGAGUAGGUUCAAUAUAUAUAUCUACUGAAUGGUCAAAAUAUGGAAAUUUAAAAACUCGAUUAAACGCAAAUGAUUCGAGGAAAAUAAAUAUCAAAAAUACUGGAAUUGAAUAUGUGGCACCAGAAAUAUUAGAACGAAUUUACACACUCACUCAUAUCCAGCUUUGGGAUUCUUCUAUGGGAACUCGCAAAUGA